AUGGCUUUCAAGGAUACCUUCACUCAUGUCGCUGUGAGCUUCUUGUUCGCGAUAGGUGCUGUUUCAUGCCAAUCACCAACUGUUACCAUCUCGUCCGGUCCUGUUAUUGGAACACAGACGAGCGUGCCCAACUUCGCUGGAACCGUGAACAAGUUUCUCGGGAUCCCGUUUGCUGCGCCGCCUCAACGGUUCAGCCCUCCUCAAAACCCGGCAUCAUGGACAUCGCCAUUAAGUGCAACGGCGUUGAAGCCGGCAUGUAUUCAGCAGUUCAACUAUCCCGAAGAUACCCGGAACUUCACAAUCAAGGUCUUCAGCACCCCUAUGCCUGAGGAGAGCGAGGACUGUUUGUAUGUCAACGUCUAUGCUCCAUCUACAGCGGCUCCACGAGGUGGCAGGCCGGUUAUGUUCUGGAUCUAUGGCGGGAACUUGCAGUUUGGCACCGGCUCAUUGCCUAUCUAUGAUGGCUCCAACUUGGCUGCAGUCCAGGAUGUGAUUGUUGUCACGCAUAACUACAGGACAAAUGUAUUCGGCUUCCCCAAUGCGCCGGGAAUCCCUCCGACUGAGCAGAAUCUCGCUUUCCUCGACCAACGGAAGGCUCUCGACUGGACCUACAAGAACAUUGCCAAGUUCGGAGGCGAUCCCACCAAGAUUACCAUCUUCGGCGAGUCUGCAGGCGGGUAUUCCGUCAAACAACUCUACGUGAACCCUCCCAACCCGCUUCCAUUCCGCGCUGCCAUCAUGCAAAGCCAGGCUGCAUCGUUCGCUGCUGGUUCUUCCGGCUGGGACGGUCUUGCAAGCGCACUCAAUUGCACUGGGACUGCAGCCCUGGAAUGUGUGCGUGCCGCUCCCGCAUCCAAGGUCAAGGACAUCGUCGAGCGACAAGCCCUGUCUUUCGGACCUGUCGUUGACAACGUCACCGCAUCCAACACUGUGGCCGCGGAACUCAAAGCCGGGGACACGGCCAAGGUUCCCAUCCUGAUCGGCACCAACGCGCAAGAAGGAUCCGCCUUCGCCAUCUCCCUCGGCCUGAACUUCCCCGGCGCCUUCGAAGCAUUCCUCACCACGAUCCCCAUCCCGGAAAUCCAAGAGGCGCUGCGCACUUUCUAUGCCCCCUUGGACACCGAUAUCCUCAAGGUCGGCCAAGCCAUCACCGACCUCACCUUCCAUUGCCCCGCCUCCCAGGUCGCCUCCAUCCCCGCCAGCAUCAACACCCCGGUCUGGCGCUACUUCUUCAACUCGACCUUCGCCAACGACACGCCAUUCGAGGGCAGCGGUGCAUACCACUCGUCCGAGAUCCCCUACAUCUUCGGCACCUAUAAGCGGGACGGCUCCGUGCCGCAGCAGGAACUCCUCAGCUUGCUCAUGCAGACCUCCUGGGCCUCGUUCGCGAAGAACCCAACUCUCGGACCGGGCAGUGGGUGGCCGAAGCUUACCCCCUCCGGAAAUGGAACGCAGGUCUGGCACUUUGGCAGCCGCGAGCCGGCGUACAUUCCCGCGUCGACGUUGGAUGCCGUCUGCCCGAUUUUGGCGCCGAUCAUCGCGCUUUCGGGCAUCUAA